CAGAAAAAGGGGGGACCACUCUUGUAUAUAGCAACAUCGAGAGAUUGUUCAAUGAUUGUACCUGAAAUUACUCUUAUUUUUUCUACUCCCCCAAAUUUUAAAUUAAACAAAAAGGCAGAAAAAGUUUUUAAUUAUCAAUUAAAUAAUGUAAAAUAUACUUAUUAUCAAAUUUCGAAUAUUUACAAUCCAAAAUUGAAAUUUUAUUUUUACAUUGAAGAACCUGAAGAAAAUGGUUAUACUUAUAAUUUAAGAAUAAUAAAAGUUUAG